AUGGCAUCAAAAAUCAGAGUCGGCCUCAUGGGCUACGGCUUCUCAACAAAAUGCUUCCAUCUGCCUUACAUGCUCCCUAAUCCGGAUCUCGAAGUCUACGCUUUUCUGCAGCGUAAAGACGCUCCCCAGGAUACCAAGGAACAAGGUCUCCACUGCACAAUUGACUACCCGCAAGCUAAACACUACCGCACUGCCGACGACUUCUUCGGCGACAAGAACAUUGAUCUUGUAUGCGUUUGUACAGCCGUCGCCUCUCAUGCUGAAUACGCCGAGAAGGCUCUGAAGGCUGGCAAGCAUGUCGUAGUGGAGAAGCCAUUUACGCAGUCCGUGGAAGAGGCCGACCGCUUGAUCAAAGUAGCCAAGGAGUCUGGCAAGAUCCUCACAGUCUUCCAAAAUCGACGAUAUGAUUCCGACUUCCGCACACUGAAGAAACUGGUUGAUGCGAAGGCUUUCGGCCAAGUGACGGACUUCGAGAACCAUUACGAUACUGACAACCCGCCCUGGCUGCGUCCGAAUCCCAACCCUGGUCCAGGCGAUGGUAUGCUCUUCGGUCUCGGCACGCACUCGAUCGACCAAACUCUCCUCCUCUUCGGCAACCCCAAAUCCAUCUGGGCGACCACGCGAGCGCUGAAGGAGGGCAGCAAAAGCAACGAUACCUUUAUAGUCCAACUUCAGUACGAUGGCGAUCAGUCCGACCUCCUCGUCACCGUCCGCACCACCAUCAUCUCCCCCGUCCCCAUGCACAAAAUGCCCAAAUACAUCAUCCGAGGCCGUAGCGGCGCCUUCUUCAAAACGGGCGAGGAUCCGCAAGUCGAUCAUUUCUACGGUGGCAUCAAGGUCACGGAUGACGAGAAAUUCGGUGUCGAGCCCGAGAACUUUCAUGGGUACCUGAGUACGACUGAGAGUUCUCCCAUGGGUAAGCAUGAUGGGAGUUGGAAGAGCGAGAGGGGGAGUUAUAGGGAUUAUUACGUUGAUGUUGUUAGGGCUAUAAGGGGGGAGGCGCAGGUGGCGGUUUUGCCGGAGGAGAGUCGGAAUGGGUUGAGGGUUAUUGAGUUGGCGGUUGAGAGUGCGCGGACGGGGAGGACGGUGGAGUUUACGCCGUGA